AUGCACAUACUGCUGCCAUAUUUAGCAGCGCUGGGUCUGUUAGCAGUGCCUACAAUCAGCGCCAGCGUCACCAUUCCAACAUAUGUCUACGACUAUGCUCCUCUCGUAUGGCUACACAGUCAAGAUGCCUACCGGCCCAGUGAUCUUCAGGCUCAACUGGACAACACUACUCCCGAGGUAGACUGGAAGCCAGUGCAGGGCGCUCCUUCACCCCUCACUUUAAACAACCUUGACCAACUCAACAAUCUCGGCAAUACGAGCGUUUACUUAACCUCGCACGAAGGUAUCGCAGCAAACCCACAGCCAGCGUGGCUCCGGGGUGUAACGCCCGAUGCAUCAGGCCGAGCUGGGAAUAUCACUGCGUGCGCAAUUGUGGUGGUUGACCAUGGAGAGGGCAAUAUUGAUGCAUUUUAUUUCUACUUUUAUGCUUAUAAUAAAGGUGACAAGGUGCUUGGUCUGGAAUUUGGGGAUCACAUUGGUGACUGGGAACAUAACAUGAUUCGCUUUGCCAACGGCACUCCACAAGCUCUCUGGUACAGCCAACACGCCAGCGGUCAGGCUUUCACCUACGGUGCAGUAGAGAAGCAAGGCAAACGACCACUCAGUUAUUCGGGAAAUGGUACACAUGCCAACUAUGCCAUUGCAGGUCAACAUGACCAUACCAUCCCCGGCAUCAAUCUUCCGGUAGGCUUCCUUCUGGAUUACACGGAUCGCGGUGUCCUCUGGGACCCCACUCUCAACGCCUGGAGCUACACUUACGAUCCCAGUACCGCUGUGUUCACCCCCUCAAGUCCAGAUGUUCCAGCGGCCUGGCUGGAUUUCAAUGGCAUAUGGGGUGAUGACCAGCCGCCCGGCGAGCCAUCCAUCUUUGGGGAAGCUGAGUUUGUGGCGGGACCACAUGGGCCAAAGUUCAAGGUCUUGAACCGGACGCUGGUGUGUCCUUCGAAGCCUUGUAUUGUGCUUCCUUUUAGGAUUUGGGCAGUCUAG